UGAGUUGUAUGGGAAGAUUUGUGUAAUAAUUUUUUUUAGCUUAUGAAACAUUAAUAACGUCAUGUUUAAAGGUGAAUCAUCCAUCUUGUUACAGAUCAGCAUACAGCGAAUUAUUUAAUAUUAUAAAACACCUUUCAAUUUCCUAAUUAUGUUGUGAUUUUUAAACCAUAAUUGUUUUAAAACUAUGCAUGUCAAACAUUAAUUUAGAAAAAAGUAAUCAAAAUGGAUUGGCUUGAUUUUGGUGCUUUGACAUCUGGUUUAGUUUUUGGAGGAUUCCUGAGUGGGGUUGCAUCACCUACAAAAAUUUUGGCUGUUAGUCCUGAGCAAUACACUUCCAGAAAUGUUCUUACAAGGGAAGAUGCUAUCGUUUUGUAUGGACCUCCAGCUUCAGAUCGAAAUAAAAAUCAAAAAUCAUACGAAAUAGUACUGCACAGACCAUGUACAGAAACAUUACAUCAGUCUUAUAGUGUUUUUCGAUCAGAUAAAAGAGAUGAAGCUGAUCAACAGUUCUUGUGCUAUAAAGAUAAACUACCAAUUUUUAUAGAUAUCGCCAAAAGUAUGUGUCACUUACAAGGAAUUCAGAAAAUAUGUGAUGCCUUAACUGAGCAUCCGUCCUGGACUCUGGCUCACUUGGCAGCUUAUUUUGGAUGUCAUGAAACAUUUACUAAUCAUUUAAUAAAUUCACAUCUUAAUACCUCAGAUGAAACAGGAAUGUCACCAUUACAGGUAGCUAUUAAAACCAAUAAUUUGAAAACUGUUCAAAUGUUAAUAUCUGCUAAGAGUUCCCUGGAGCAUCUGGACAAUGAAGCUAAUACAGUAUUUCAUUAUGCUGCUGGGACUAACAAAGACAUUAUUAUGGCUUUGAGUGAUGAAGCUCCAAGGUGUUUAAAUUCAAGAAACGCUAUAGGGCAUACACCUUUACAUGUUGCUUGUCUUGCCAAUAAACCAGAUUGUGUCAAAGCACUCUUAUUAGCAGGGGCUGAUGUUAAUAUAGCUGCAUCCCGCACUGACAUACCACUGGAAUCUUCAACUCCAGGAUAUGUAGGAGAUUUUCUCCAGAAUAACUCAAAUAAACUAUAUCCCGAUGACAUGAAACUUGGAGGAACACCUCUUCAUUGGUGUUGUUCUAGAGAAGUUAUUGAAACUUUAAUUGGAAUGGGUUGCGAUAUAGAUGCUUUCAACUUUGAAGGACGUACUGCAUUGCAUGUUAUGGUUCUACGCAAUAGAUUAGAAUGUGCAGUAGCACUACUAUCACGAGAAGCAAAUCCAAAUAUUGCUGACUACAAUGGUGACACACCUCUUCAUUUAGCUGUGCAACAGAAUUUAAUUCCUAUGGUCCAAUGCUUAGUUGUUUUUGGAGCAGAUUUGAACUUUAAGAAUAAUAAGGGCGAAACACCAAGGCAUGUAACUACUACAGGCACAAGUGGUGAUAAGGUAUUGCAUAUAUUACAUUCUGUUGGAGCGGAAAGAUGUUUGAAAGACAUGGAAGAUUGUAAACCUGGUUGCAAAUUUGAUGGUGAUUUUGAUGGUCAGCCACCACCGUCCCCGUUAGCUGGUAGAAAUAGAGAAAUUAUAAGUCAAAUGCUUUCUGUUGCUGCAAUGGAGCAAGCGAGUUUGAAAGAUGGUGGAAAACAAAAGACAUUUGGUGGCCGAUUAUUAUCUUUAGAUGGUGGUGGUAUAAGAGGAUUGGUUUUAGUGCAACUUCUUCUGGAACUAGAAAAAGUGAUCAAAGCACCAAUUUUGAGUUGCUUUGAUUGGGUAGGUGGCACCAGUACCGGAGGAAUACUGGCAUUAGCUCUAGCUUCAGGAAAAACUUUAAAAGAAUGUCUAUGUUUAUACUUUCGAAUGAAAGAGCUUGCUUUUGUAGGAGGUCGUCCAUAUCCCAGUGAAGCAUUGGAAAAUAUUUUAAAGGAAUCUUUAGGCACUGAUACAGUGAUGGCUGAUAUAAAACAUCCAAAAAUACUUAUAACUGGUGUACUAGCUGAUCGUAAGCCAGUUGAUCUGCAUCUUUUUCGAAAUUACCCAUCUCCAAGCACUUUGCUAGGCAUUACACCAAGUAGUUCCUUUGUGGAUCCUGCAUCACCUGAAGAACAGCUACUCUGGCAAGCAGCUCGAGCCACUGGAGCUGCUCCUAGUUAUUUUAGAGCAUUUGGAAGAUUCUUAGAUGGUGGAUUAAUAGCCAAUAACCCAACUUUGGAUUGCCUAACAGAAAUACAUGAAUACAAUUUAGCAUUACAAGCAGUUGGGCGUGGUGAUGAAGCAAAACCAGUAUCCUUAGUAGUUUCAAUUGGUACAGGCUUAGUUCCUGUCUCGAUUCUGAAAGAAAUUGAUUUAUUCAGGCCUGAAAGUGUUUGGGAUACUGCGAGACUGGCUAUAGGCAUAUCAGCUAUAGGUAAUUUAUUGGUGGACCAAGCAACUGCAAGUGAUGGAAGGGUAGUAGAUAGAGCUAGAGCUUGGUGUUCCAUGAUAGGUGUACCGUACUUUAGAUUUUCACCUCAGCUAUCUGAAGAAGUAGCCAUGGAUGAGAAAAAUGAUGAAAAAUUAGUUAAUAUGUUGUGGGAAGCAAAAGCAUAUAUGCAUAGUAACUAUAACGUUUUAGUUGAAAUAGCGGACUUGUUGAAAGCUUUCUAAUUUUUUUGUGAUAAUCACUUUAUAGCUAGUCCAAUUAUGAUCACAAAUUAAAAUUUUACUUAUCAGCACCUUUUGUUAAAUGUACUAAAUAAUUGUUAGCUAGAUAAUCAUUUAUUUAUUUUAACUUGAAUAUAG